AUGGGUUCAGACUCGGAAAAAGAGAUUGCCAAGGUCCGAAUGAUGGUCUUGGAGACUGAUGAGCCUGAUCGAGAUACCUUGAACGAGCGCGGAUCUUUUGCGGAAAUACUGCACCAUCAUUUCGCAACAGCUGGUCACAAUCAUGAUCCGCCACUGGGAAUCGAGACAGACCAGAGGUUUGUCGUCACCGAAAGGGGUGGUCGAGUCCCUAGAUAUGAUGAGUUCGAAGAUGUACACAGCAUUCUCAUCACGGGAAGUGUAUUCGAUGCGCAUGGCAACAAUGAAUGGAUUCUCGAGCUACUGCAACUCCUACGAGAACUCUACAUUCGUCGUUCCGACAUAAAGUUUAGCGGUAUAUGCUUUGGGCACCAACUCCUCUGCCGUCUCUUCGGAUCCGAAAUCAAACCCGAGCCAAAGGGACUCUGGGAACUAGGCCACAGCCGGAUCAACCUUACAGAGGUUGGCCAGUCUCUAUUCAAGACUGAUUCAAAUGAGGUCUAUCUUCAUCAAAUGCACCAAGACCAAGUUGUAGCACCGCCAUCUUCCGAAUCCUCUGACGGCUUGCUCCCGCCUGGCGCCAAGGUCUACGUCUGGGGAUCCAGCGACCACACUCGGGUCCAGGGAGUCUUCAUCGCCAACCGCAUCUUUACUACGCAGGCUCACCUUGCUUUCGACGAAGCCAUGGUUCAUAGGCAGAUCCAGAUGCGCGUCGAGGCCGGUAGCAUUCAAGACUUGGAGCACGCCGAUCGCGCAAAGGAGACUGCGCAUCUCGAACAUGACGGUGUCACUGUGGCGGCAGCAAUAUUAAGAUUCUUCCAUGACGAGGACAAAGGGGUUGGCAAUUAA